UAAGAGGAAAUGAAGCGAAGCUCUUGACCUGAACAAAGUAUCCGAUCAACAUUAACUUUCAUUGUUUUUUUUGUGACAAGCCACAACAUAAACGAUUAAAUAUCAAUGAAAUUGUGGAGUGCUCGAAACGCUAUUUUGUUAUCGAAAGAGCAUCAACCAAUUGAUCCAGAGUAUUUAUAAUCGCACAAUCUUCCUCACUUCCUUGAAAUGACAUUCUACAUCGAUAACGAAUCGACCGUUUUGCCAGACCUGCCUUCGCUGGGAUAUAUCUUAGACGAAAGUCCACAUUGCCAACAAUCGCUGAGCUUUUGGGAGCAACAGACCGAAGAGAUUGGUAAUGUUGUUGGGCAUGUUUCAAACUGUGCAAAAGCAUACCACAAGGCAGCCAUGAACUUCAAUACUGCGAGUGAAAAUUUUACAACUGGCCUUCAGAAAGCUGCAAAUGUUUUGGCAAAAGAUGCUAACCUGAAAAGUCCACUUUUGAAGUUUGCAGAUAUGUUCCAAAGAGUUGACUGUUAUCAUGCUAUGUUUCUCAACCAAACUGAAAUGCUCAUGUGUGGGCAACUUGAAACUUUGGCUAAAGAAUUUGAGAAAAUUAAGGAAAUGAAACAGCAAGUCAAGAAAGCAUGUCAUGACUUGAAUUUAUCAUGGGAAAAGUUCUCAAGUUGUCAAAAUAUCACUAAUCUCCAAGAGCCUUCAAUAUUGGACAAGCUAGCUUAUAAUAUGCUUACAUCAAGACAUCAUUACCAAACACUUCUAUCAACUUAUAUAAAUUCAUUGAGGGAAAUGAACACUGUUAAAAAGGUAUCCUUUGUGAAAACACUUGUCGAACACGUUUUAGCAAAAUUCUUUUUUGUCAAUUUUACAUAUCAGAUAUUAAAAGAUUCCGAAGACUACACGAACGAACUUUUUGAUGAUUUGCUGAAUCGUGUUGUUCAUAGCGAGAUAUCGUGUGAAAACGAUGCAAAAUUAAAGAAAGUUAUUCAAGUGAAAAUUGACAAAUCGUUUGAAAAAGAUAAAGGUGCAUUCCAUACGCCAGCUACAAUACUUGGCUCCUCAACCUUGGCCCAUUCUAUGACAACCGUAAAUACUCAAGCUGGAAAGUUUUUUAAUAGAAUUAACGACCUACUUGGAAGCUCAGGGCGUCCAAAAUCCUCGCACCAAUCAUCGCCCGCUCCUGGAAGAGACGCACAAGAAGAUCAAUGGGAGGUAUUGCCAGAUAGCGAGAAGACCUCGUCUAAACAGAGACCUGAAGAAGAAAGUACAAAUUUAACUACAACUGAGCCUGAGGACAAAGCCACGCCGAAUGGUGACAAUGUCAUUCUAGACCAACCAGCAAAGACGAAUGAGGUAGAACAUGGAGAAGACGCCUGGAGUAGUUUCAAGUCAGCAGAGAGUACAACACCUACGAGUAAUGAACCCUCGAGCAAUGUCCCUACGGAUACCGAGCCUACGAAUAUUGCCCCGGCAGAAGAAACGAAGUCUGAAGACAAUUUAGAACCCGAACUACCAGACAUCGCCGUAGUUUCAAAAUGGCCGAAUUUUCAUCGCGGUUACCUAAGGAUGAGACAGAAGUCUUUUCCGAAAAAUAAAUGGCCCUUACUUUAUUUUGUUGUCGACGAAUCAUCAGGAAGUCUCUUGGUUCAAGGAAGAGACCAGAAAGAAGCUGCUGAAAUCGCUAACUUGUUGCUGAGCAACGUGAAAACGUUCGAUGACUUAGAAGUGGAUAGGAAUUUCUGUUUUCAAUUAACUUCGCCGAAAAGCGAACACGUCUUCCAAGCUUUGACUGAGAAUGACAUGCACCAAUGGAUUGCUGCAAUUCAGGCAGCAACGACUGAAGCAUUGAAAAAGUCCAAAGAGAAACUACAGUCCCUGAAACCAACUUACGCGUACGGUUAUGUCAAGCCGGAAGAUACGAAACAGUAUGUCGCGAAUGCGUCUGAACGAAUCCGAAAAAUCGAUGGAAACAAAAAAUGCGUCGACUGUGAUCAUCCACGUCCAGAUUGGGCUAGCAUAAAUAUUGGUGGAGUGAUGUGUAUCGAAUGUUCUGGUGUUCACCGAAGUCUUGGAGUUCAUGUUUCGAAAGUUAGAUCGUUGACAUUGGAUAAGUGGGAAGAGAAAGUCGUCCAGUUCAUGGAGUCCAAUGGCAACACCAAAGUGAACGCGAUUUAUGAAGCAAACUUAGGCAGUUAUCAACGACCUUCUCGAGACUCAAAGAAGGAAGAAAGGGGUAAAUUCAUUCGCCUGAAGUACACAGACAGAAAGUUUAUAAAGGAAGAAGAUGAUGUCGACCCUGAGGUUGAACUGGCUUGCCUAAAAGAAAGCGACAGUGAUGUUGAAAAACUGUUGGAGGAAAGCGGAGAGCAAAUUUCUCCGAGAGUUUUGUCGUUAGAUGAGGACAGAGAGAAUGAGUCAAGUCCUUUGUGCCUAAUUGAAGAUUGCAAGGAGUGUUCCACGACGGGUCACGGCAGGAUAGAAUCACCGCAAUCAUUCGCGACAUCGCAGUUGAAGGUCGAGGAUAACGAGGAGUCCGGAGAUUAGCGAAAAUUAUCUCAGUUUUCAAAUGGAAGGCUGUCGCAAGCAUGCAUGCAAGUGUAUUGUACGCCAUUCGAAUAAACAUUCAACGUUAUGUCUUAAUCGAAAUUACUGGACACAAUUUUAUGUGAUGCAAAGUUGUGGUACGAAUAUAUAAUUUAAAUGUCCAAAUGAAUAAAGAAUAUAUUUAAUUGCUAAGUUAUACGGGCAAAUCGAAGUUGAGAUUGCUUUACUGGAUGUUGCAUCAUUGCACAAAAAAAAACAUUGUGAACCAUGCACUCAGUUUGUGAAAACACGAAUAAGCAAUAGAAAAAAGCUAGACUUUAGAAUAAUACCCAGAUCAUGCCUAAUGACCAUAGUUUGAUACAAAACUUUAUCCUCUCUAAUAGA